GUAUCGUUGCGAAAGUGUUCCGAAAACCCCGUGAAGCUAUCUAUUUUUGUUUGAAUAUCCAAUGCCUAAACAAUCAGCGAUGAAUAUAUAAAAGGAAAAUAUACAGUUUCGUCGGGGUAUCUUUUUGAGUAAAACAUUGUGUAUUAGCUCCACUGUUGUAACAUUUCCACCAACGACUCACAAAUAUCUGUGGACCAUGUGCAUGCGAGUUCAACGGUUUGGAUGUCGAGCUCCAGUUUCCAGUUCCCGUUGUAAGACCGGUGCAUCCAGAUCUUGUCGAAAGCCCGGAACCUGCUGCAGUCCUGGAACCUUCUGCUCUCCCCCAUCUCGCUGUAGUCCCGGAUCCUGCUGCAAGUCCGGAUCCUGCUGCAAAUCUGGACCCUGCUGCGGGCCAUGUGGGUCCUGCUCGAGUGGCUGUGCCGCCUGCUUGUCCUCCUGCUGUGGGAUAUUCCCCGAAACCUGCUGUGGCCCGUGGUGUGAGUCCUGUCUGGAUCCCUCCUGGUUCUCAUGGCUGGCUCCUGACCUCAGCCGAUCCUGCUGCUGUGCUUGCAUGACCUGUGGUCGAUCCAAGUGCUGAUAGUGGAUAGUGGAGCGUUGUUGUGAAAUGUUGUGGGAAGAAGCCAUAAUAACAAAAAUCAUAUAUAA